AUGUCGGUCGUCGCAGAGCUCCUACAGCCCCUGACUAUGGUGCGCUAUAUCCUGGACCACCGUCUUUCAGGCUUUCCCCUGCAGGUGGUCGCGAAGAAAUACACAGACCCGGCCAAUUCAGUCGCUUCCUCUGACCCUUCUGCAAUGACUAUAUUGCUCGCAGCUGGUAUUGGGAUGACCACGGAGUUGUGGAUCCCGAUGGUUAAGGAACUUUACCGUCUGGAUACCAAGGGAAGUGGGGUGAAGAUAAGGUCGGUAUGGGCUGUGGAUUGUCCGAAUCAUGGGGAGGCGUGCGUCCUCAACGAAGAUGUGUUGAAAGAGAAAUAUGCGGAACAGUUUGACAAGCCCAUGGAUGCACCAGUCACUCUUCAUGAGUACGGCAAGGCCAUCACCUUGUUUCUGUCUACAGGACUUUUGGAUCCCCUGGAGAAGUCCACUCUUGUCGCAGUGGGACAUAGCGGGGGAACAGCUGCGCUCAUAGCAUGCGCGACGGCCAAUAGCGACCAUCAGCUGUUCAAAACACUGAUGCUUGUCGAGCCACCAUGGCUGGACCGCUCUGUAAAGCCAAUGUUCGAGAUGGCGACUACCUUCAUAGGGAAACGCAAGUCCCGCACAUGGGGCUCGGUGGACGAAGCCAUGAAGUAUCUGGUGACUCGUAAACCGUACAAAACGUUCCAUCCAGACGUUGUACGAGUCAUGGCGGGGACGCACUUCCGUUCUGUCAAUGUCGAUGGUCAAACACGUAUCGCUCUGAAGACCUCGACUGAGCAGGUGAUGGCGACGUGGAAGGCUACUGACGACGCGUUCAACGCGUCGGAAAUGAUAGAGCCCCUCCUACCUAAAAUGCGUGUUCACGUAAUUUUUGGUAGUAGGCAUGAUAUGCCGAAGCCUGUCCACGAGGUGCUACAGAAAUGUGUCGAAGCCCAUCGCUCGCAGCUGGCGUCUAUCUCGACGGUCAACGACACGGGCCACCACGUUCCGCAGGAGAAGCCACAGGAGCUCGCAGCUGCGAUCAUUCACAUCCUUCAGCACGAUCGACCGUCUCCAGCAGCCAGGUUGUAAAUCAUCUGUAUAUUGUCAUUCCUCGC